AUGCCAAAAAUAAAAUCUCAAAAAUUUGGUCAUUCUCAUCAGAAAAAUAAUAAGGAUGCCUCUUCUGGAUCUUCUGUUACUAGAACGUCCGCACCAUUGUUUAAUAAGAACUUAGGUCAACAUAUUCUUAAAAAUCCACUCGUAUCUCAAAGUAUUGUGGAAAAGGCGGGCUUGAAAAAUACGGAUACGGUUCUUGAAGUAGGUCCAGGUACAGGUAACCUUACAAUGAGAAUACUAGAAACCGCAAAAAAAGUCGUAGCAGUAGAAAGGGAUCCUCGAUUAGCAGCUGAAUUAAUAAAGCGAGUUCUGGGAAAAUGUGCUAUAUUAAUGUUUCAACGUGAAUUCGCUUUACGUUUGGUCGCUAAACCGGGUGAUAGUUUGUAUUGUAGAUUAAGUGUGAAUGUACAAUUAUUUGCCAAAGUGUAUCACAUUAUGAAGGUUGGGAAAAAUAAUUUCAAACCUCCUCCUCAAGUUGAAUCAUCAGUAGUAAGAAUUGAACCAUUAAAUCCUCCACCAACUGUUAGUACCAAAGAAUUCGAUGGAAUGUGA